GCCAUCAUCACACCGAGAUAGAGAAGUAUGAGCCGACGGUGUUGUUGACAUUGGCCAGAAGCGCUACAAGUUUUAAAUAGUGAUAUGGCAGUAUUGUCAACGUAUUUUAAUACAUGUUUUUUUUAGUCGGACACUUAGCUAUCAGAUGCACUUUAUUUGAUUUGUGGCGCUAGUUGCUGUCAAUAUGACUCGAGAUAUCGUUCUUGGAGAUGAACUGCCUGACUGGGUUGGAGCAAAAGAGUUUUAUCAGAAAUAUGAUCCCAAAGAAGUGAUUGGAAGAGGUGUGAGCAGUGUGGUGCGCAGAUGUGUACACAAAAACACAGGACAAGAAUUUGCAGUUAAAAUCAUUGAGAUCACUGCAGAGAAGAUGACACAACAACAGUUAGAGGAAGUGAAGAGCUCCACACUGAAAGAAAUCCAGGUGCUCAACCUAGUAAAGGGUCACCCGUCCAUCAUUACGCUUAUUGAUUCCUAUGAGUCAACAACCUUCAUAUUUUUGGUCUUUGACCUCAUGAGAAGAGGAGAACUAUUUGACUACUUGACUGAAAAAGUCACUCUCAGUGAGAAAGAGACAAGGAGUAUAAUGCGUGCUCUUUUGGAGGCUGUUGAGUAUCUACAUUCUCAAAACAUUGUACAUCGGGACCUCAAACCUGAAAACGUUCUUCUAGAUGACCAGGGACACAUCAAAUUAUCUGAUUUUGGUUUUUCUGUACAGCUGGGGCGUAAAGAAAAACUUAGAGAGUUAUGUGGAACUCCAGGAUAUCUGGCACCAGAAAUUCUAAAAUGUUCCAUGGAUGAGACUCAUGAGGGAUAUGGGAAAGAGGUUGACCUUUGGGCCUGUGGUGUGAUCCUAUUCACCCUUCUGGCUGGAUCUCCGCCGUUCUGGCAUCGUAAACAGCUGCUGAUGCUGAGAAUGAUCAUGGAUGGCCGGUAUCAGUUUAGCUCUCCUGAGUGGGAUGACAGGUCUGACACGGUGAAAGACUUGAUCUCAAGACUUUUAGUGCUGGACCCCAUACUUCGUCUCACGGCCGAGCAAGCUUUAGCUCAUCCUUUCUUCCGUCAGUACCAAAAGGAAGAUGUGCGGCUGUUCAGCCCCAGGAAGACAUUUAGAGUCUUGAUCUUGAGCGUGUUAGCCUGUAUACGAAUGCAAUGCCUCUAUUACCGAGCCCGUCCAUUAACAAAGGAACUUCUGGCAAGAGACCCUUAUUCCCUCCGCGGUGUGCGUAAGCUUAUCGACGGCUGUGCUUUCCGCAUAUACGGGCACUGGGUCAAGAAAGGGGAGCAACAGAACCGAGCUGCCUUGUUCCAGAACUCAGCUAAAAUCAUUCUGGUGGACCUUGAAGACUUUGAAAGCUAAAGGUCAUUUUUCUGCUUCUAAAGAUAUUCCUGAUUUAUCCAUGAUCAGUUUAGUUGGAAUUAUUAUUAUUAUUUUUGUGGUUACAUAACAUAGGCCGUCCAAAAAGGCGCACAAAACUAAUUUAUAUAUUUACAGAUUGUUUAUAGUCUUUUUGUCUUUUAAAAAUAAUUGUUUAAUUAUUUACCCACCUUCAUGUUGUUUCAACCUUUAUGACUUUCUUUCAAAGAAACCAAAAAGGACAAAACAAACAUCGUAAAGGUGUUUCUUAUGCAAUUUAUUUACUCAUUUCUGCUAAAAAUAACUCACUUUGUUUAAAAGAAAGUCAUAUUUUUUUAUAAUUUAAAGGUGGGAUUUUGUGUGAAAUAUUUCUUUAAUAGGUUAUGUUUUUGAUUUGUCAGCAGCAUGUCAUGUGACCUCACUUUAACCACUCAUUGGUUUUUGGUUUGUUUUUAAAUUCUCUUGUUUUAUCAUAUUAGUAAUAUUAUCCGAUAUUGCAGAUAUCGGUCUCACAUUCAAGAUUACCUGUAUGAUUGAACAGAGCUUGUUUCGUGUUGAAGCUCUUUAGUUCAAUUAAUAUGCAUUCUUUGACUGAUUUUAAUGGUACUUCAUAUCAUUCAGAUUUUUCAAAUGUAAUUCCAUAGAUGGACAGGGAACAUGUUACAACGUGGAAGGACAAUACAGAGAAUAGCCUACUUGAAAUAAAGCAAUACAGCUGUAUAAACCUAGGAAACGUUAUUAUAUCAUGCUUACAAAACUGUAUGUAAAGGUUAUAAUUUUUUUAUUGUGAAAUGAUUCCUCUACAUAUGUUUUACUACUUUCUUUUAAUUACAAUUUUCUAAACGUUAUCUAUUCAUUAAAAAGUACUGUACUGAUUCUACAACAGGAAUACAUAUAAUAAUUUCUUUGUUAUGUGUGUUUUUAACUUUUGUGAAACUUUUAGGAUCUUUGCAUAUGUAACAAAAUACACUGUUACAGAGAAUAAAAUAUAUAUUUAUAACA